CCUCCUCCCAGUCAAUCAUCCCUGGGCGCAGACAGCACAUGAGCAUCCUAAUUAAAACUACAACUCCCAGCAGGCUUUGCACGCAACCACUCCCCAGCUACAGAUCGUCCCUGCUGGAAUAUCUUAGAUGGGAAGAGCCUGGGCUACAAGUGCUGAGAGCUCCGAUCCCUCGGCUGAGGACCAGGACUGGGAGCAGCUCCAGGAGCCCGAGCCAUAGAAUCUUCAAGAGUCAUGGCUAAAGAUUUCUAUGAUUUAUAGAGAAAUCCAUAGCUUGCAUGGAGCUUCUUCACAUCAACGGUCAACCACAAAGGCUCGACGAGUGCAACAAUGUGGACUGGGCCUACAACGGCAAAGACCCCAAAGCCUAUUGCUAUGAAAACCACUGCGUGACCACUGCCUUGUCACCAGAUCAAUACGAGUCCAUAUCCUUGGCGACAUCUGACGAAGUCUCCUAUCCCAAACUAUCCCAAGAAGAUCAUGGUAAGGAAAGAAGGAAGGUGUGCUGCGUGGAAGAACUGGAGACCUCUUUUACUUAUGUUGAUGAAAACGUGAACAUAGAACACGGGACCCAUCCAUCAUUGAAGAAUGGCCACCAUGGCCAUACGCAUCAAAACGCUGACAGGGAAAUCCAACAAGAUAGCAUUCAAGAGGUGUCUAUUAUGUCCGAUGACGAAGCCACCUCUGAAGCUUCCGGGAAGUCUGUAGACUAUGGCUUCAUCAGUGCCGUAACGUUCCUCAUCACCGGGAUCCUUCUUGUUAUAAUUUCAUACUUAUUCCCGAGAGACACUAGAUCAGAUCCAGGUUCCAUCUCAGCUAGAGAAAUGGAAAAAAUAGAGAAGAAAAACGCCAUUAUCGGGGCACAUUUGGACAGGUGCGUGAUUGCCGGACUCUGCCUUCUCACUCUUGGAGGGGUCGUGUUGUCAGUGUUAUUAAUGAUAUCCAUGUGGAAAGGUGAAAUCUACAGGAGGAAGGCCUUUGCUGCUAAGGACUCUGCUAAACUGUACGGAUCCAUAAAUUUUAACCAUUCCAAAUCCGGUGGAACUGAAAACACCUUGGUGCAAGAAGAGACCAUCGACGUUGUGAAUUAAUGUUUUUUCCCUUUUCAUCUCGAUCACUUGUUUCCUUCCAGAUGUGGCCAAUGAUUUUCAUUGUCUGUCUGCUAACAAGUUAAUGCUGUAAAUUCUACAUUUGAAACAAUUUUCAAUUUUUUAUCUUAAUUUUUUACUUCUUUUUUUUUUUUUUUUUUUGCUUUCCGAGUACAAAAAUGCUAGUUGUGUCAUAUACUGGUCUGUAAAAUAAAGCAGUUAUG